UGUCCCUCCUCUAGCAAUGUCCAGAACAGGAAUCUGUACCUGGCCACACUUGGCGCAGUGUUGGGGCCCCUGAGCUUUGGUUUUGUCUUGGGGUUCAGCUCUCCAGCCAUCUCUGAUUUGAAGAACACGGAGGAUCCGCGGCUAAUUCUGGACCAAGAGACGGCGUCAUGGUUUGGUUCUAUAGUCACCAUUGGUGCAGCUGCUGGGGGCAUCCUUGGUGGGUGGCUGGUGGACCGCGUGGGCCGGAAGCUCAGCCUCAUGCUCUGCGCUUUUCCUUAUGUCCUUGGCUUCGCCCUGAUCAUAUCUGCUCAAAACAUGUGGAUGUUGCUGGGUGGCCGCGUGUUGUCCGGACUUGCCAGCGGAGUCACCUCCUUGGUGGUCCCAGUGUAUAUUUCAGAGACGUCACACUCCGGGGUCCGAGGGAUGUUGGGCUCCUGCGUACAGCUGAUGGUGGUCACUGGAAUUGUAGGAGCUUAUAUUGCAGGAAUGGUCGUGAGCUGGCGCUGGCUGGCGGUGGUCUGCUCUGUGCCCCCUGUCCUCAUGGUGAUUUUAAUGUGCUUCAUGCCCGAGACCCCACGAUAUCUCAUCAACCAGGAGAGACGAGCAGAGGCGAUGGCUGCUCUGCACUUUCUGCGAGGGCCAGAUGUGGACCAUGAGUGGGAAUACCGGCAAAUCGAGGCCAGCGGGGAUCAGCAGGAGGAUGGGUUAAAGAUGGCGGAUUUCAUGGCACCGUCUAUAUACAAACCAUUCAUCAUCGGCAUCCUACUCAUGUUUUUCCAGCAGGCCACCGGCAUUAACGCCAUCAUGUUCUAUGCCGAUAUGAUAUUUGAGGAAGCAAAGUUCCAGAACAGUAGCUUGGCUUCGGUUAUUGUUGGGCUGGUGCAGGUGGUGUUCACAGCGGUGGCUGCGCUCAUCAUGGACCGGGCUGGGAGGAAGGUCCUUUUGGUCAUCUCAGGGGUCGUUAUGGCGAUCAGCACCGCCUUGUUUGGGGUGUAUUUUAGAAUCAGUGUGGCGCAUGUGAACAACUCAUCAGGCGUGACGAGCCCCGGGGAAAUGGCGGACGGCCCCACCGAUCCACUGGCAUGGUUGGCUUUGGUCAGCAUGGGUCUGUUCAUCGCUG